UUUGUUAGGAUUAGAAUGGACUUCCUAAUCGGAAUAUUUUGACUUUGUUUUGUUGACGUUGAUGUGUCUUUUUCAGUUACAGAAAGAGUCCAAAAUUUGGUGUGUUAGUUGAGCAACUCAUCACAUACUCACGAAUUCGUGAAUAUAGCAGCAGCGAGAGAUAAAAGAAAUAUCAACAUGGUAGAUACGAAGGUAGAAACAAUUUCACGUUUAGCUCAAUGGAAAAUCGACAACUUUGGCCCUUGUUCCUACAAGAAAUCAGACCCUUUCAAACUCGGAAUUUGGAACUGGCAUUUGUCGAUAGAGAGAAACAGGUAUUUAUACAUUCAUCUAUUUCCAGAACCUUCUCGUGUUUCUAAAGAACAGCCUCCUAUUGCUCGCUUCAUUCUCCGUGUUUCCAAUUCUGCCUCCUCUUCUUCCUCCUCCCGCAAAUUUUACAUUUCUCCUGUUCAUGAAAGGGUGCUUAGAACAUGUGAUGACUUUGUCUGGCCUGUGGAUACUACAUUCCUUGGCCGCAUCAUUAUUGAUGUUGAAUUUCUUGACCUGAAGAUCUAUCCUCUGAAUGGUGGAGAAGCCAGUUCUAUAUGGCCUUCUGAUGGAAAACUACAAUCUGUUGCUACUCAAAACACUCUUCGGUGCCUCUCUCGCAUGCUUUACGAAGCUAUACACGCUGACCUCACCAUUAUAACUGCAGAUGGUACACUUAAGGCCCACAAGGCAGUUAUGUCUGCAAGUUCUCCUGUGUUCCAGGGCUUGUAUCAUGACAUCGGGGAAGAGAAAGAUUCGUCUACAAUCCACAUAGAAGACAUGUCACAAGAAUCAUGCAGGGCCCUUCUGAGUUACUUCUAUGGCACAAUAAAACAUGAAGAUUUCUGGAAGCACAGGCUUGCAUUGCUCGGAGCAGCGAAUAAAUAUGACAUUGGUGAUCUCAAAGAUGCUUGUGAGGAAAGCUUACUUGAAGAUCUUAACUCAGGAAAUGUUUUGGAGAGGCUCAAUGAGGCUUGGAUGUACCAGUUGCACAAGUUAAAGAAAGGAUGUUUCACAUUCUUAUUUGAUUUUGGUAAGAUUUAUGAUGUUAGAGAUGAAGUAAAUACCUUUUUUAGUCAUGCAGACCGGGAACUAAUGCUGGAGAUGUUUCAAGAAGUGCUUACAAUUUGGAAAUAGGUUAUGUCAUUGAACUAUAGAGGAGGGUUAGAACAACAAGUUCGACAGGUGGUGAAAUCAGGUGUGGGAAGGUGCAUCAACUGCGGCUCACGCGCCGAUUUAGUCGAGUACGAUAAAGUUCUGAAGCUCUUUUUCGUUCCCGUUUGGCGGUGGCAAGGGAAGGAUACUC